UUUGAUCUUGAUCGUCCUGACGUGGAUGUUCUGUGGGUCUGUUCAGGGUCUCUAAGGCGUCCAACUGCAAGGGACUGUAGCAGUGUGGCCACGCGCCCUGUGUGCGGAACGGACGGAAAAACCUACCUGUCAAGGUGUGAACUCAAAAAGGCAAAGAAGUGUGACGGCAGACGAGUCAAGGUCAGAAAAAAAGGACACUGUUCCGCCGGUGCAGAGAGCGGAGGAGCCAGGAGCUACCAGGGAAGAUGCCCCGAGGAACGCGCGCAGGCGAUGGAGUCAGCUAAACGGGACAAUUCAGUGGUGUUCGUCCCCGACUGCAGCGCUGACGGCACCUUCGCGGAAGUCCAGUGUCACGCCACCGGCUACUGCUGGUGCACCACCAAGGAUGGCCACCACAUUCCGGGAACUUCCGUCAAAGACCGCAGACCUCGUUGUGGGAGAGGUAGACGAGGCCCCUCAGCAAGCGAGAGCCAGGUUGAACGGGAAAAGAAGACAGUGGAGUGGAAGUUUGCACAGCUGGACAAAGAUAACGACAAGCGACUCAAGUUUAAAGAAAUACGCUCUUUCGUUCGUAUGGUGAAAAAACUUAUCAAACCCAAAGCAUGUGCCAAGAAAUUUUUGAAUAAUUGUGAUUCAACCCCAGACCGACAUAUCGAGAUGUCGGAGUGGACUCUGUGUCUUGGGAUCGACAUCAAAUACUCUUUUCACUUGUUCAUAUCUCUGAACUCAGAUGGGCGCACCACGGAGCCAACGGUUGCACAGAAGAAACAAGACACAUUCUUCCAGUCCCGACCAGUGUGGAACCCGUCUCUCACCCUCGCCAACACACCCGAGCCGAAAAAGCAUCGUAAGACGCCGGAGAGAACAUACACCAACAAGAGCUGCGUGGAGGAGAGAGAGGCUGCUCUGACCCAGGACAGCCAGGAGCCUAAUGCCAACAUCUACAUCCCUCGUUGUCAGGAGGAUGGGAAGUGGAGGAAAGCCCAGUGUCACGAAGCCACCCAGUACUGCUGGUGUGUGGAGGAGGCCACAGGAAUGCCCAUCCCGGGAACAUCCACACACGCUGUGGAACCCAACUGUUCCAUUAGCGAAGACAGGCCUAUGAAGGGUGAGUGGAUAAAGGGGUGCCCUCUGAGCCAGAAACGCCGCUUCCUUGCUGACCUGAUGUCGGACUUGAGCGAGGAGAGGAGAACCCAGGGAAGCAAUGCAUCAGCCAUAAGGUCGCCGCUGGACCCGAAGGGACUGAACGAGAUUGAGAUGGUUGCUUAUUGGAAGCUGAUCUCGCUCGACACCAACAGCAAUGGGAUACUUGAGAGGAAAGAAUGGAAAAAACUGCGGAAAACUAACUUGAAAAAUAAGAAAUAUCCUCGCAAGUGCCGGCGAAAUUUUCUCCGCUAUUGUGACGCGAACAGCGAUCAACGGGUUGAAUUCGACGAGUGGAAAGACUGUCUUGGUCUUAACAGAAAGGAUAAUUAUAACGCGUUGCCCGGGUUGGACCGUCGCGGGAAGAAAAACCCUUUUAGUAAGUACCUCCACGAUCGAUGAUGUGACCGUUGUAUACAUCCUGGUAGUGUUCAUCCGGGUACUGACUUCACUCCCAGACACCCCAGCGCACUGACCCAAGCGGAAGCGGAAGUACACACAUACUGUUUGGUAGCUGUAAAUACGAUACUGGACCUUCUGGUUGUGAGUGGGUAUCUUGCCGA